AUGCAGCGCACCACGUGGAAGCAGUACGAAGAUUCAAAUCCCGUGUUGUACCAACGCAGAAUCUUACUGAGGAUUCCGGUCAAACAUCUCGGCCGCCUCAAGUGCGUUUUGAAGCUUUGGCACUCUCUCAUUUCCGAUCCAGACUUUGCGGAAUCGCAUCUUCACCUCUCUCUUGCAUCCACCCAUGCGUGCAUCUACAAAAAAAACUCCACGGAAGCUUACCUUAUUCACCUUGAAGAAGCAUUCAACGACAAAAAUUAUAAAGUAAGAGAGUUAUCUUUCCCUUUCAAGAAGCCGCCACCUUCUGACUUUCGUUUGAUGGGAUCCUGCAGAGGGUUUGUUCUCUUACACCAAGAACCACACUUUUUUGUAGUAUGGAACCCACUCACCGAAUUCAGCAAAAGAGUAUCUUACUCUUGGUUAGAUAUUGUUCAUCGUACUAAGGGCAGGUACUUUAGUUUUUCCGGUAAUGCGAUGCUGUAUGGAUUUAGUUACGAUGCGACACUGGAUGACUACUUACUUAUUAUAGCUUGGAAGGAUAGUAACUGCCAACUCUUAGAUUGCUUCUCCUUGAAAACCAAUUCAUGGAUUAAUCUUGAUGCUGCAGUCCCCAAACCAUUGGGUCUUAUGGAGUGGCGAUCUCGUGGGUUGUUCUUUAAUGGCUCUAUUCAUUGGUUGUCUUACUAUCUUGAAAAACAUCACAGUGAUGGUAUUCUUGUAUUUGAUCUGAAGGAAAGAAGUUUCUCAAAGAUAUCUUUGCCUGAACAACUCGAAAUGCGUGAUGCUGCCACAUUUUUCAUACUAGGAGGGUGCCUAGCCUUGUGUUCUCAGGACUAUGUUGGAUGUAAAACACACAUAUGGGUGAUGAAAGAAUACAAAGUGCACUCAUCUUGGACUUUGUAUGUCAUUCCUUGUUUAGAGUUUGAGCCUCUAUGCUUAUCCAAUGAUCGUGACGUUGUUGCAGUAAUAUAUGGAUCAUUAAAAAGUACUGAGCAAGAUGCAUUGUGCAUCAAGUUUCAUUCUGAUCUGAGUUUUGACUAUCCAUGGUGA